AUGUCUGAAUCCUCCAAUUCGGAAAUCCAACCUGAAAAAGUUAAAGUCCUGGCAAGGCCGCACACAUACAAACCGGUUGACAGCACAAAUGUCACCUCUAAACCGGAGCCCGAUUUCUUUGCUUUAAUACCUGGCAAAAAAUUUGUCAUAGAAGCUUGGCCUCAACCACUUCUCGCUCAUGAGAUAAAUCACGAGGCAUAUACCAGCAUCAAAAACAAGGUGAUAAUUAGACCGGAACUUCACCUGGAUAAGGUUAAUUCUACUCUAUUUUCCAGGCUCGCUGAAAUUCAGUCAGAUUUUAGAAUUGCCUUAGUCCCGUACUGGUACUGGCCACAACAGCUUUGCUUAGACAUGAAAGAGGACUUCCAAUGUACACGCGUUUGGGCCGAGGAAAAUCCGGCAACUAAUUGGCCCCUGCUACUGGAAGCAUUCUUCAAAACAAUGCAGCAACUAGACGUCCUACAUAGUCCCAGAAACAUCUUCUCCUGCCUCGCUGCCAGAGAUGGAGAAGACGUUAACUCUUUCACCAUCCGAAUCCGCGAAUGCUACUACUGCCUAUCCAAGCAAGACAGAGGAAGCAAUACUACUCGUGAUACCAUAUCCAACAUCACAAAGACCUACUUGCCGCAUAUAUGUACACAUCUCCAGCCAAUGAUGGUAGGAAGAUCAAAUAGUGAUGGUGUAAAACUACUUGUUCAAAUAGUGACCCGGAUCUCAAAAUCCCCAGCGCAAGCAAAACUUUGCGUUGGCGCUGAUACAAAGCCAUCGUCUAAGCUCAUGAUAUCGAACCCAAGGCUGAAACAGCCUUAA